CCUGCACUCAGUCAGCCGCCGACCGUCGAGCGGGACGCUACACCGCGUCGCAACGAACAUCGUAACAACUUACUCGAACGACAUGAGGACGAAUUAUGUAAAUUCAAACAAAUAGUGUAUACUUAUUUUUAUAUUAUUUUUCUGUGCUUGUGAAAAAUUGUGUACUUUAUAAUGGCGUUAGCGUGGUGCUUAAUAUUGUGCGUUUGCGCCGGUGCUUGGGGGUUCAAUGUGGACAUACCAUCGAGGGUGGUUUAUAAGGGUAAUCCGAAUUCCAUGUUCGGAUUUACGGUCCAGGCGCAUGUGGAUGGUGACCGGAAAAUGAUCCUGGUGGGUGCUCCAGAAGACCAGCUGUAUUCCGUGUACGAUUACAACGUGACGCGACCUGGUACGGUCUACCGCUGUGACCCUGGCUUCCGUAACUAUGGUGCUGAAGGGAACGCACGGGCUCUCGACAGGUGCAGUCCUAUGCACUUCGAUAAGAACCCAAAGAACAACGAGGACCGUCAAGGUCGUCCCAUCGACCAGAAGUCGAACCAGUGGUUCGGAGCGACCCUCACCAGUACCGGCAGGAAUGGUGCUAUCAUCGCCUGUGCCCCUCGCUACGUGUCCUACGUGUCAGCCAAGCUGAACCAGCGUGACCCAGUGGGCACGUGCUUCGUGGCCACCUCACCAGACCUCAAUGACGUCAAGGAGUUUUCUCCAUGCAGAACGUGGCAUCGUUCUGUGGACGAGGCGAGUCACGGGCAGCGCAAGACUGGCAUGUGCCAGGCUGGUUUCUCAGCCGCUAUAUCGAAGGAUGGACAACGACUAUUCAUGGGUGCUCCAGGCAGUUUCUUCUGGCAAGGGCGAACGUUUUCGAUAGAUCCGAAAGAAUCGUUCUUCUACUAUAUGCCGAAAAUACCGGAAGAAGGUCAGCUGAUGACUCAGUCGAUGAGUGGUCGUCCAGCCUUGAUGUCUACUCCUGAAGCUAGUCCUAAAUACGAUGACUCUUACAUGGGAUACUCCAUCGCUGUUGGCGAUUUCGCUGGUCAGGGUAUCCAGAGUGUAGCUGUUGGAGUACCUAGGGGAGCUGGACUUAAGGGUUUGGUGGUUCUCUACACUUGGGAGCUGCAAAACAUUAAGAACAUCAGUGGCUCCCAGAUCGGUGCCUACUUCGGCUACAGUAUUGCCUCCGGUGAUAUUGACGGAGACGGCUUUGAUGACGUCAUAGUCGGCGCUCCUAUGUUCACUAAGACCAAAUCAGAUGGCUAUGAGCAUGGAAGAAUCUAUGUUAUCUAUCAGGAUAAAGAUCGGUCUUUCACAAGGAGCCAUGCUAGGACCGGUGAUGUUUCUCGAGGUAGAUUUGGUUUGGCUGUCACUUCGCUGGGAGACAUCAACUAUGACGGAUUUGGAGAUAUUGCAGUAGGAGCUCCUUACGGUGGUGAACACGGCCGUGGUGUGGUCUACAUCUACCACGGCAGCGAGGCUGGUAUCCAUGAGAAGUACUCCCAGGCCAUCACUGCUGAGGAGAUCUCUCCUACAUUGUCCACCUUCGGAUUCUCUCUGUCUGGCGGAGUGGAUUUGGAUAAUAAUAACUAUACGGAUUUGGCUGUUGGCGCUUAUAAGUCUGAUAGUGUUGUGUUUUUGAAAUCUCGUCCCGUAGUAAAAGUAUCAGCCGACGUGAAGUUCUUGGGCGACAGUAAGCUGAUCUCGUUGACAGACAAGAAGUGUCACCUCGCCAACGGCACCACCGUCGCCUGUGCUCAGCUCAUGUUCUGUCUUACUUAUGGCGGCGUUAAUGUGGAUCAGCAGAUUAAAUUCGAGGUGACCUUGGACUUGGACUCCCGUCAGAAGACCUCGAAGCGACUGUUCCUCGCUGAGACCAGGGAGACGACCUACAAGACGCAGAUACUGCUGACUCAAGGACAGCAGGAGUGCAAGGAUAUCAUCGUGUAUCUUGAUGAGGAAAUCCGCGACAAGCUGACCCCGAUCGAAGUGAAGAUGUCUUACGACCUCCUGACCCAGCCCUCCGGCAACAUCGUCCCCCCGGUCCUCGACCAGACCCGCAGCAUCGUCCACGCUGACUCCCUCAACAUACAGAAGAACUGCGGCAAAGACAACAUCUGCAUACCUGACCUCAGGAUGGCUGCUACCACGCCCACAAUCAACUACGUGCUAGGAUCUGGUGAGAACCUCCACAUUGAUGUCAAAGUGGAGAACUCAGGAGAAGAUGCCUUUGAAGCUGCUUACUUCCUGGAGGUCCCUGCAGGAGUCACUUAUGCGAAGAUGGAACGCCUGGACAAGGAUACGGCAGACACCCUGAUCUACUGCUCUAUUACGAACAGAUUUGCUGAUGGCAAUAGCACCCUGAAGUGUGAUCUUGGAAAUCCUAUGGCUAGUGGACAAAAGGUAAACUUCCGCCUAAUCCUAGAAGUGGACGCCCGCGUGACGUCCCUGAGCUUCGACAUGGUGGCCAACUCCACCAACGUGGAGCAAGGCACCAUGUACGACAACUCCAUGCACAUGAACAUCGGUGUCGUCAUCAGAGCUCAGCUCUCUGUUAUUGGAACGUCAGACCCCCCAGAGCUGCACUACAACGCAUCACUAUAUGAAACAGAAAACAUUAAAGACGACACCAAGCUUGGGCCGCAGCUCAUUCAUAAGUACAACAUCAAGAACGAAGGACCUUUCACUGUGGAGGAGACUGAGAUAUACUUCAUGUGGCCUUACCAGACUCUUGAAGGCGAGAACCUGAUGUACAUGUUGGUGCAGCCGCAGUGGCUCGGCGACGUCAAGUGCGACGUCGCGCGGCACGUCAAUAUCGACAACCUCUUCGUGCAGAACCCUUAUGCCUUCUUAUUGGGCAAGGAAAGGGAAGCUAUGAUGAGCACUGAAUUCUACAGUGCUUCACAAACGUCUGGCGGUGGUGGAUAUUACGGACAAGUUUACUGGGAUGGGUCAUCCAGCGGCCAAGUCAGCACUCAAGGAAGCAGUCAAUCCGGCGUGAACAUUCAAGGAUCUGGCUACGGAACUGGACAAGGUUACGCCACGUCUGGAGGCAGUUCCACCUUCCAGUCAAGCGGCAGCACAAGUUUCACUAGCCAAGGAGGCCGUAACUUCUCAAGUAACCAGGGUGGCAGUGUUCAAACUGGUAGCCAAGGUCAAGGACACUUCAGCGGAAGCCAAGGUGGUUACAAUACCCAAGGAGGUUAUAACAGCCAAGGAGGUUACAACACCCAAGGGGUAUAUCAAACUGGCCAAGGAGUCCAUCAAGGCAAUCAAGGUGGUUACAACAACCAGGGAGUCUACCAGACUGGCCAAGGCGGUUACGGCAGCCAAGGGUUCAUUUUUAACACGACAUGGACUGACGGCAAUGAUCUAACUGAGGCACAGAAAGAAGAAAUCAAGAAGAAGUUAAUCGCUGCCAUCGCUGCUGGUAAUCAAGGAACCUUAGAUCUGGGCUCUUUUGGACAAGGCCAGCUUGUCAAAUAUAGGAACAAGACGGUUAUAUAUGAUUCUAAUCAUAAUAUCAUAUCUGAAGUGGAGACCAGUACUGAAUAUGGAAACCUUGGACAUGAUGGAGAGAUUGGCAGCGCUUUCAAUGUAUAUGCUAACCAAGGCGGUGUUAACCAAGCAUCUUCUCAAGGCCACUCUCAAGGUUCUUGGCAAACCAGUUCACAAGGGUCUGGUGGUUACUCCCAAGGUGGAAUCUACAGCCAAGGAUCAGGCGGCUACAGCCAAGGAUCAGGUUCCCACAACCAAGGGUCUGCUGUCUACACCCAAGGUUCUGCUGUACAAGGUCAAGGGUCUAGAGGAUUCUCCCAAGAUAAUGGCCAGUUUGUCCACGGUUCAUGGGCAACCACUGAAACUGUUAACCCUGAUGUCUCGAAGGCUGGAUCGUCCACCUUCAGAGGUUCUUCAAGUGUCACUGUGGUAGGAGAUGAAGAUGAAGAUAAUCUUGAAGGUUUUGGUGCUUAUGCCGCGUACAAUCCUGAUAACGAGUUCAAAUAUGGCAUCGCUGAUGUGACUGGCGCUGGAAGCCGUCAAAGUGGAUCUUCGACUGGUGCUGUCCAUGGUGGCAGUUAUCAAUCUGGGGGCGGGACUUAUCAGGCAGGAGGCGGAGCCUACCAAGCCGGAGGUAGAGCUUACCAAGCUGGAGGUGGAGCCUACCAAUCUGGUGGUGGCAGUUACCAGUCUGAAGGCAGAACUUACCAAUCGGGAGGCGGUUCCUAUCAAACAGGUGGCAGUGGAUACUCUUAUUCUUCAUCGUCAUCAUCAGGUGGUCGUACCUCAUACAGCAGCCAUUCGGGCAGCGGUUACGGCUCGGCUACUGAACGUCGGGAGAAUACCAGGAGACGUCGACAGAAUGAAGUGGAUCCUGAGUUGAAGAAGAUUCUAGAGAAAUGCCAAGAGAAGUACAAGUGUGAGGUCCUGAGGUGUACUACCGGUCGCAUGGUGAAGGGACAAGAGGCCUGGUUCGCUUUCAGAUCGAGGAUCAACGCAUCUGUACUUACUGAGAUCUCCAAAGAGCGCGAGGUAAUCCUCUCCUCCCUCGCCGCGGCGCGCGUAUCUCGCCUCCCGCUAGUGGGGCGCGGCGGCGGCGCGUGGGCGACGGCGGAGGCGCAGACGCACGUGUCGCCGCAGCUGGAGGCGCUGGGCGGGGGGGGGAUCCCGCUGUGGGUGGUGGUGCUCGCAGCUAUCAUCGGAGCGCUGCUACUGCUGCUGCUGAUAUUCGCUCUGUAUAAAUGCGGAUUCUUCAAGCGCAACCGUCCCUCUGACCACGCUGAGCGACAACCCCUGAACGGCCGCGACGAACAUCUUUGAUAUCCGACCACCGACCUCGGCGUGACGUCCGACACGGGCGGCACGAGCGAUGCGGCCGACUCGUCCGACAGCUCGGCCACCGAUGCCGCCAGUGACGUCACAAGUCGCGACUCCACCAGCUUCGAUAGGUACUGACAUCACUAAGUCAAUAUGACGUCAGAAUUAAUGGAAUGUUCCAUUAAUUUAUUUAUAAUUAAUAAAAUUUUAUCAGCUGUCAUUUUUAUACUUAUAAGUUAUAAUUAUGAGUUACUUAUAAUUUAUAAGUAUAAAUAUAACAGUCUUUUAGAAAGGUCCGAUUUGAUUGUAGAACAAUAGUAAUCCAUAUUUUAAUAAUGCAAUAGUUUUACCUCAUGACAAAACGAAUUUUCCAGCCAACUUUUCAUGUCUUUUUUUACAAAGAAAAUGUAAAGUUCGUCGUUUAUAAUAAUUACGAUUAACACCUAUUCUUUAUGUAAUAAUACUAGUCACGAUAAACAAUUUAAUGUCGGACGCCAUAUUAAUUAGAAAAUAAAUGAAAAAAGGAGAACGGAGUUAUAAGUGAGUCAUGAUUUAUAAAUUAUAAGUAAUUGUUAUGAUAAUUAUAAUUUAUAAUUCAUGAACUAAGUGUUAAAAUGUAAAAUGAAUGAAAGAUUAAAUCUUGUCGUGUGAUAAAUGUAAAAAGUGUGUUUGUAAGUAUGUGAGUUGUUGAAAUUGUGAUCUAAGUUAAUAAUUAGGUAUUAACUAAAUGAGGUAGAUAACAUAAUUGUUGAUAGAGAUGUAUCGGAUAGGCAAAAAUACCACUAUAUUGCAAAUAGUGUGAAUGGUCUAUUCGAUAUAGCUUUGAUCUGUAUUUCGAAUGAGCUAAUGGUCUAUAAUGUUACUAAUAAGGGCGCUUGAAUAAAUUAAAUUUAUAAUACUUUAGGAGGCAUCAUCUCAGAAAAGGCUUUUGCUACCUAGCCGGGGUAGAUCUCAAUGUGCUAAACUGGGUGGCAAAAAAAUAGACAACUUCUCAUUAAUAGCAAUAAAAAAUAUAAAUACUAUUGUAAUUACCUACUACUAUUAUAAUUGGGAAAAUAGUUUUUCUAAUCGCUUUGCAUCUAAGAUUUAGAAAUUAAUAUAAGUACACAAUUUUAUUACAUUUUGUAGUCAUUACAUAGAGUGCCUUAUCUAUGCAUAUCGUAUUAGCUAAAUUGUGCUACGUUUUUUAAAUAAUAAAUAAAUUCCUAAAAAAAUAUAUUAUCAUGUGCCUUCUGAAACUGCCAGUUACUAAUUAAAUAUAUUAAUGUAAAUAUUUUAGAUGAUAUUACUUUUUUACAAAGCGACAUUUUUUCACAGAAUAACUUAGAAAUAAAGUGUGUUGUAUUUUUUGGCUAAAAGUGUAUUUGAUUAGAAUUGAAGUGUACUUAAUAAUCGUAAGAAAAAAUAAAUAUAGAUAAUCGGUUAUUGAAAUAUAGAUUGUAAAUGUGUCAAAGUCAAAUCAUUUUAUUUCAUUUAGGCCUUUUACAAGCACUUAUGGAGGUUAAAAAAUAUAAACAAGUUUAAAUCUAGUUGCCCAUUCUAAAAGUAGCUUCCUAUGGAGAAGAAUGGGAAAGAAUGAGAAGAUCAUGUAGAAUUGGAAACAAAAAAAAUAUAAGAGUAAAAAGCGUAAAGUAUAUGAGUAUAAGUCAUAGUAAUUAUGUAAAUUAUAAAGAGAAAAAUAUAAAAUUUAUAAAAAAUAUAGACGCCCUUGAAAUUUUAUUUCUGUGAAAAAAUGCCAAGUCCACUAAUAACGCAUAAGCAUUGUUACAUUUUGUAAUUAUUUUUAAUUAUUUAUUUUUACAUUUUAGUUACUAAGAAUAAAGCUUCUACUUCUAGUUAAUUAUGAACUAAAAUCGUUUAGAUGCCAUACAAAUGUGUAAUAGUUUAUAUUAUUUUGGUUGUUUUAUCCCUCGGUAAUAAUCUUUCUUUGCAUUUACCAAAAAAUGAACUCUUAAUAAAUUUUUGUUUUUAAUUUAA